AUGUCUCAAGCUGAAGGGGAAACAUCACACGAGACAUUAAUAGCUUCGAUUACUGCUGACAAUUCUUCAAAGAAAAUUAAGAAAAAAAAACUAAAUAAGGAAAAUGAACCAAAAUCUAUGAUAAUCAAAGAUGACGAAAAGUUAUUCAAAGAAACUAUGUCUGUGUUACGAGCUCCUCCGAGUGAUGAAUUCGAUGUUUUUGGAAAUUACGUUGCUGUGGAGUUACGACAACUCCGUUCUGAAGAACGAAGAAGACGAUUGAAGCGCAUAAUACAGAGAGCUAUCAUUGAUAUGGGAGAAGAGGAAGACAGACGUGAAAAAAUUGGUUCUACAUGUUCAUCUGGAAAUUAUUCAGAUACUGUGUCUGACUGGGCAUCAUCUAGUAGUUUUUCUAAUCAAAAUCCAUAUGAAUACUUAAUAACUAUUUCUAAUUCAUCAUCAAUGCCUCAACAAAUAGCAAGUGACAGUUCUAAUUUGUCAACUUUCUAUGAAAACUAUAAUCCUCAGUAA